CACGUCUUUCUAUUAAUAAUUUCCAUUUCUCCUCUAUGGAGCAAGCACAUCAGGACAGACUACAGAGCAUUAACAUAGUCUCUAUGACACUAUGAAUCCGUCCAUGUGAGCUCGAGCUACCGAGUCAUAUAGCAAAAACACAAUCAAUCAAUCUCAAAUCCAACUCUCUUCGCACUCAUAUUCAGAUCGGUUAGCUCAUAGAAAUGCUCUUUUUCGCAACAAUGGAUUUGAGUCGCAAUUUCUGGCUUUCCAUUUUUAUGCUCUUCUCUCUUUCAAUUUUUGCUGCCCAUUCUGCUUCCAGUUCUAUCUCAGAUGGUGUUUAUGCAUCUCAAUCUUCAACAGGGAGGAACCUCCUUCAGAAUAAGAAAGCAUGCCCAAUUAACUUCGAGUUUCAGGAUUACAGUGUGAUCACUACCCAAUGCAAAGGGCCUCAAUACCCACCAAAGCUGUGCUGUGAUGCCUUUGCGCAAUUUGCAUGUCCUUUUGCCGACUACUUGAAUGACUUGGCAACUGAUUGUGCCUCUACCAUGUUCAGCUAUAUCAACAUUAAUGGCAAGUACCCGCCCGGUCUCUUUGCCUUUGAGUGUAAAGGAGAUAAGGAGGGCCUCCCGUGCCUCGCACAAGCGCCAUCCGAUUCAACGGAUGAUCGCAGUGCCACUCUUCUCAACUCUAAACCAUCUCGCGUUAUUCUGUUUCUUGCUGCAUUCUUAACUUUAAUGGUGUGGUAAGCUAUAUUUUACGAAAAUUUGUUAUAAGCCAUAAUAUAUGUGUGUAUUUAGCUCGAUUCUUUUCGUUUUAUUACACUGUAAAAAAUGAAGAGGUGAUUUUAUUGAUCUUUAAACUUGAAACAGGGUUUUUAAUACUUUCAUGUAAUGCUAUUGAAUGUAACAGAUUAUUUCAUGGAGGACAAAGUGUAAUUUAAUGAAAUUGUUGCUGUAUG